AUGUCACCAACAACAGCCAGCCCCAACGACUGGGAAAACCCGGCCAUCUUCCAGCGCAACCGCCUGAAGCCCCGCGCGUACUGGAUCCCGCAGACCUCGCUGCUGCUCAACGGGAACUGGGACUUCAAUUACGUCUCGUCGCCGCGUCUUGCGCCUUCGCCGGCCAACGCUAAAACACAGAGCGGAGGCGAAGGUGAAGGUGAAGACGACGUCGAUUGGAAGUCCAUCCCCGUCCCCAGCCACUGGCAGCUACACGGGUACGGGAAACCCAACUACACAAACGUGAUCUUCCCGUUCCCCGUGAACCCGCCGUUUGUGCCGAGCGAGAAUCCCACGGGGACGUAUAAGCGACUCUUCCAUGUCCCUUCGAGCUGGGAUGCGGAUGCGCAGAUAAGAUUGCGGUUUGAUGGCGUGGACAGCGCGUACCAUGUCUUCGUGAAUGGGGUCGAGGUUGGGUAUGCGCAGGGGAGCCGCAAUCCGGCGGAGUUUGAUGUGACUCACCUUGUUGAGCGGACAGGCGAGAAUGAGGUGCUCGUUAGGGUUUACCAGUGGUGUGAUGGGAGUUAUAUUGAGGAUCAGGAUCAGUGGUGGUUGAGUGGUAUAUUCCGCGAUGUGACGCUCAUUGCGUUUCCUUCUGCUGCAAGGAUCGAGGACUUUCGGGUUGAGACUACGCUUGAUGAGGAGUAUGUUGAUGCGGAGCUGCAUGUUACUGUUGAUAUCGCUGCGACAGAGAGCAGCACCAUAUCCAUCACCCUCUUCGACCCAUUCAACGAGCACGACAUAAUCGCACGCGAAGAACAAGAGAUCCCCGAAACAGGGACAUACACCUUCACCCUCCCCGUGUCCAACCCUCGCAAAUGGACCGCCGAAACGCCCUCCCUCUACAACCUGGCCAUAACCCUAUCCACCACGUCAAAAAGCUUACAAGAACUAACGCACCGCAUCGGCUUCCGCACCGUCGAAAUCAAAAACGGCAAUCUCACCGUCAACGGAACCCCCCUCCUCAUCCGCGGCGUCAACAGACACGACCACCACCCGCUGCACGGCCGCGCCGUCCCAACCCCCUUCCUCAGACAAGACCUCCUCCUAAUGAAAAAGCACAACAUCAACUCCGUCCGCUGCUGCCACUACCCCUCGACCCCAGCGCUCUUCCCCCUCUGCGACGAGCUCGGGCUGUGGGUAAUGGACGAAGCAGACCUAGAGUGCCACGGGUUCUACGACGCCGUGGCCCGCCCCCUCGAUAUACCAGAGCGCAUGGACUACGAGGAGCGCAAGAAGCUGACGUUCGCGCAGGCGGCGGAGUACACGACCAACAACGGGCAGUGGCGAGAAGCGUACGUGGACCGUGCGGCGCAGAUGGUGGCGCGCGACCGGAACCACGCGUGUGUGGUGAUUUGGAGUCUGGGGAACGAGGCGUUCUACGGAGAGAAUCAUGGCGCUAUGUACAGCUUUAUCAAAGAGGUUGACUCCAGCAGACCGGUGCACUAUGAGGGCGAUGUGCAUGCAAAGACGGCCGAUAUGUACAGCUACAUGUACCCGUCCGUAGCGCGGCUCAGCAGGCUGGCGGUUGAAGAGGGGGAUAGCUUUGAGAAGCCGAUUGUCCUCUGCGAGUAUGGGCAUGCGAUGGGGAAUGCACCUGGCGGACUGGAGGAGUAUAUGGAUGCGUUCCGGGCUCAUCGGCGGCUGCAGGGGGGCUGGAUUUGGGAGUGGGCGAAUCAUGGCUUGUGGGUGCAGGAGAAGGGGUACUAUGCGUAUGGAGGGGAUUUCGGGGAUGAGCCGAAUGAUGGGAGUUUUGUGCUAGAUGGGUUGUUGUAUAGUGAUCAUACGCCGACGCCCGGGUUGACGGAGCUGAAGAAGGCGUAUGAGCCGGUUAAGGGGUGGGUUGAGGGGGGUGAGAUUGUGGUGAGGAAUUUGUUUGAUUUUGUUGGGCUUGAGGGGGUUCAGGCUGGGUAUAGGGUUGAGUGUUUUGGGGAGGGGACGAAGCUCAUCGAUGCCGGGACACUCGAGAUACCUCAUAUCAAGCCCGGCGAGACAGGGCGCAUCCCCUUCCCAGCAUCAUUAUCCGACAAGAAUGCACCUGGCUCUGAGACGUGGCUGACUGUGUCCUUCACAACCAAACACGCAACACCAGGUCUAGAAGCGAACCACGAGAUCGCCUGGUUCCAACACCGUCUGGACGACGUAUCCCCGUCUCUUGCCACCGUGACACCAACAGCGGCCUUUGCCAUCAAGACUCACUCAACAAAGUCCCACCACGUCAUAACCGGCACGGACUUCAGCAUCACAUUCUCGCGCACAACCGGCCUCCUCACAAGCUGGCGCAUCCACAACCAGGAAAUCCUCUCCGACUCGACCACCCCCAGUCUAACCCCGGGUUUCUGGCGCCCACCAACAGACAACGACAUCCCCUACGACCUAGGCGAGUGGCGGCGCUACGGGCUCGACACACUCACAUCCAGCCUCCGGGACUUAAGUAUCACGCAAGCCAACGAGUCCACCAUCACCCUGACAAGCGAGACAUUCAUCGCCCCACCAAUCCUGGCCUGGGGGUUCGAAACCUCAACAACAUACACCAUCACCGGCGACGGCGCCCUAGCCGUAAAAGUACACACCAAGCCCACCGGAUCCAAACCCAUCGACGUCCCCCGCAUCGGACUCGAUCUCCUCCUAUCGCAUGACCUAGACAAUGCGUCCUGGUUCGGUCUAGGCCCCGGCGAAUCCUACGCCGACAAAAAGCGCUCUCAGAAACUCGGCGUUUACACUGCAACUACAGACGAGCUACAUACGCCGUACGAAGUCCCCCAGGAAGGCGGGAAUCGGAUGGAGACGCGGUGGCUGCGGCUGGUUAAUCGGCGGGGCUGGGGGGUGAGGGUUAUUCGCGAUCCUGACGACGAAGGCGAAGAGGAUGAUGGGGGGAAGGUGUUUCAGUGGGUUGCGACCCGGUAUAGUCCCAAGGCUGUGGAGAAUGCUAAGCAUGCGAAUGAGCUUGUUCGCGAACAGAAAGUAAGGGUGAGGCUUGAUGUUGGGAGUUGUGGUGUUGGGACGGGGGCUUGUGGGCCGCGGACGCUGGAAAAAUAUCGGGUGACUUGUGAAGAGAGGGCGUUUGGGUUUCGGGUUGAGCCGUUUUUUGGACGGGUUUGA